AUGAUUGUGGUGUGGCUGAAGUUCUGGUGUUGUACUAACUCGAAUUUGUCUAGGUAUGGACCUCGCUUCUGCACUAAUAAAAUGUGGAAGCGCAACAACACGGCUUUUAAGCCGAAUAUAUACACCUGUAGCGACCUCAGUUCAAUUCGCAUCUGGAAGAUGGUACCCUCAACCUGCUUCGAGAAGACGAUCAUAGCUGUAAGGAUAGGUUUUCAUCAUGCAAGAAAUAAGGUCUCCUGCUCAUCAAGGCAACAUUUCUGCUCGAAAGUGACCACGACAAACUCGGAUAUAGUUGUGUCCACCUCGCAAGGGGACAUACGACUAAUAAAGGAAAACGCUGCUCCGGUGUACUACAAGCCAAAAGGCGAAGGAAAGACUGGUUUCGAGUAUGAAAUGUCCAAACAUCGGACACGCCCUCCAUGUAUGGGUAUUCAUCGGCGAACGCGACUGAACGUAGUGGACAACUCAGCUCUCGGUAAAGAAGCUCAUACCUCUGGAAAACGCGCGUACUGUAUUGAUGUUUACAAGCAAGGCCGACGCAAGAAGCAUCUACCACAUGCGACCCUUGGCGACAAGAUUCUUGUUGCCAUUCGCGGUCAAAUGCGAAAGGCCUACGUUGUCGGAGCGAACACUCAUGUUCAUCUACGCAAGCACGGAGUUCCUGUCACUGAUACCAAUAAUAUUGUAUUGUUAGAUGAGGAGGGAAAUCCACUAGGAAAUCGAAUAACUGCACCGAUACCGGUCAAGCUUUUAGAAAACAAGAAUAAAGCACAGUUUGCUAAGGUUCUAGCGUUAGCCAACAAAUUUAUCUGA